UUGAAAUAUUAUCAUAACAAGCAUCCUGGCAUGAGGUUUCCAAUGUUCUCUUCCCCAUGGAUCUCUUUUUUACUUUUCUUUCUCUCAACCUCUGUCACUGCUUUGCAGUUUAGGAUCCCAAGGCUUAGUCCUAUUGGUGAAAAGUUUCUACAUCAUUCUAAAGCUCUGGAAUCACCUCCUUCUGAUGACUUCAAGACAUUCUAUUACAAUCAAACACUCGAUCAUUUCAACUAUAGGCCUGAAAGCUACAUAACAUUCCCUCAAAGAUAUAUAAUCAACUUCAAGCAUUGGGGUGGUGCAAAUUCGAGCGCUCCAAUUCUUGCUUACUUAGGUGCUGAAGCACCAAUAGAUGACGAUUUGGAUGCUAUUGGGUUUACGACGGAUAAUGCCAUUCAGUUCAAUGCUCUUCUAAUUUAUAUUGAGCAUCGGUACUAUGGAAAAUCAAUACCAUUUGGAUCAAGGGAAGAAGCACUUAGAAACGCAAACACUCUUGGAUACUUUAACUCAGCACAAGCAAUAGCAGAUUAUGCAGCCAUUCUUAUACAUAUAAAAAAAGAGCUUGAUGCUAACUAUUCUCCCGUGAUUGUUAUUGGUGGAUCAUAUGGUGGAAUGUUGGCUACAUGGUUCCGUCUUAAAUAUCCUCAUGUGGCACUAGGAGCUCUGGCAUCUUCAGCUCCAAUACUUUACUUUGAUGAUAUCACACCACAGAAUGGAUACUACAGUGUUGUCACCAAGGAUUUUAGAGGAGUCAGUGAGACUUGCUAUGAAGCUAUUAAGAAAUCAUGGUCUGAAAUUGAAACGGUUGCUUCUCAGCCUAAUGGCCUUUCCAUUCUUGACCAGGAGUUCAAAACAUGCCGUCCUUUAAGAAGUUCCUCUGAGCUAGAAGACUACCUGUGGUCUGUGUACGCCACUGCAGCCCAAUAUAACCACCCGCCAAAAUAUCCCGUCACCAGGAUAUGUGGUGCCAUUGACAGAGCUUCUUCUGGAAAUGGAAUAAUUAGCAAAAUAGCUGCAGGUGUAUUUGCUUACAGAGGGAAUUUGUCUUGUUAUAUUAAUGAGCCCAGAAAUGCAACUGAAACUGAUGUAGGAUGGAGAUGGCAGACAUGCAGUGAGAUGGUGAUGCCAAUAAGUUCAGACAAUGAUAUGUUUCCACCAUACCCUUUUAACCUUGGAAGCUUCAUCAGUUACUGCAAUCAAUUAUAUGGUGUCCCUCCCAGGCCUCAUUGGGUUACCACCUACUAUGGAGGCCAUGAUAUACAACUCAUCCUUCAGGGAUUUGGUAGCAACAUCAUUUUUUCCAAUGGACUCAAAGAUCCUUAUAGUAUUGGCGGGGUAUUAUACAAUAUAUCAGACAGUCUCCCUGCAGUUUAUACAGCUAAUGGGUCUCAUUGCUUAGACAUCCUUCGCGCAAAUGAAACUGAUCCAGAUUGGUUGGUGACACAGAGAAAGAUUGAGGUUGGUAUCAUUAAAGAAUGGAUCAGUAAGUAUUAUGUUGAUCUAGCAAAGAACAAACAAUAGAAAACUUCCUCAAAGGUGAUGGAAGACACUCUAGUUUGUAGAGAUACAUUUCUGUUGCUCUUCUUCUCCAUUAGAAAGAACCUACAAAAGGGAAUGAAAAGCAUGAUAUGCUUUCUAUUUGAGCUAUCAUUUGAAAAUUUGAACUUGUAAUGACCCACCAAAGAAUGAGAAAUAAAAGAUUCUUGCUGUAUUUAUAUCUUCUCUGUAAGCUUCUAUCUUGUGAUUUUUAAAGUUGUUGCCAUCAUGCUCGUGUAAGAUUAUGCUUUUUCAUUUUCUUUAUUGGUCUGAAGGCACUACUAUAGAACUAAUCAAAACAAACGUGAAGAAUCUUGAAUUGGUUUUAGAACAACGAAGGCAAAAGUUUGAGAAGGGACCACAAUUUUAUUGCAUAUUUGGAAAUGAUGCUUUUUUUGUUAAUGCCUAUAUUUGGUGGCACUUGAAGCAUUUUAUGCAGAUGAAAUCUCUAUAAGUUUCUUGCCUUUAUGAAUUACAAGCAAAUCAAGUCAACCAUUCCACUGGCUUUAACGCAGUGCUUAUGAUCAGUGAAUGAGUAAUGGAAAUCUUAAUGGACACCAAAGAGAUGAAAUUUUUAUUUGGCCUAGAAUACCUUAA